AUGAUAUAUUAAAAGAAAAAUGUAUAAUUAAUUAUAAUCAUUAUUUUUUCUAUUAAUUCUUAAGAAGAAUAAGUGUGGUAUGAUAAGGGAUCUGCAUUAUACAAUUCAAAUUAAUAUCAAGAAGCAAUUUUAUUUUAUAAUUAAGCCAUAUUUAUUAAUCCUAAAUAUGAUUCUGCAUAUAUUGGCAAGGGUGAUGCAUUAACCAAAUUGAAGCAAUAUCAAGAAGCAAUUAAUUGUUACAACGAAACUAUUUCCAUUAACCAUUAAUCUGACACUGCAUUGAAUGGCAAAGGAUUUGCAUUAGGCAAUUUGUAUCAAUAUCAUUAAGCUAUUCAAUGUUUCAAUGAAUUUCUAUAAAUCCUAAAAAUGAUUAUUCAUGGUUUUUGAAAGGAAUUACAUUAGGCGAUUAGAAUUAAUAUGAAGAAGCAAUUUAAUGUUACAAUAAAGCUAUAUCUAUUAAUCCUAAAUCUGAAAUUACUUGGACUUGCAAGGGCAAUUAAUUGUUUAAUAUUAUUAUUUAGGUCGUGCAUUAAACUAAUUGAAACAAUAUCAAGAAGAAAUUGAAUGUUAUGAUGAAGCAAUAUCUUUUAAUCCAAAAUUUGAUUCGUCAUAUGAAAGGAAAGAUUUAAUCCUACAAAAAAUAUAGAAAAAUAUGGAUGCACUCUAAAAUUUUGAACAAGCCCUUAAAAUAAAAACUGAUGCUUCUAGAUUUAAAUGUAAAGCUGAUUCAUUAUUAGAAUUAUAAAGGAAAUCAGAAGCUAAAUACUUUUAUUUUGCCGCAUAGGAAAUGGGUUUCAGGAUGCUUUUAUAAAAUACCAACUAUCAAAGUUAUGAUGCAUUAUCAUAGUGGUCUUAUAAAUUAUUUUAUAAACUUUUAA